ACCGCGUCGCCACGCCGCUCGCUUCCACGCAAAAUCGAUACAAGCAUGCCACAUGCACGUUUUACUACCUCACCUAGACGUGUUAUGGCUGUUUAAAAAGUUUUAUCGCGCGGUUUUUUGAUACUACAUUCUACUUCAUCGCAGUUCCUUUUUCGACAGUUUAACGCGGUCUUGACAGGUCCAUGCCGCAACGUAAACAAUACCAAUAUAACUCGUACGACUUAACAGCUGACUCGGGGAACAGCUGACUAUUGUUAUGUGGACAUUAUGGGCCUGUUAUAACGAUUUAUAGCGAUAAGUAUUUUAAGACUGUGAAUUUUAAUGUUGAAUAUGAAAUUGAAAUUUGUAAAGAAACACGAAAGUUACUUUUUUAAUGUGGUAUUCUCUCACAUCAAAUCAAUGGCGCGCGUAAUCGCUUGGUUCGUCCGCCUGUUUAAUAGACCGUUUGAGAUAUGCCUUUGAUUUUGAGUUUAUUAACGUAAACGAAGGCCGCGGUUUGCGUGGACGCGGACGCGGGAGUUGGCAGCGGCGCACGCGUCGCGGCGACGGCGCGUCAUGCCCUGACUCGGAGUCGGGAGCGUGUGCUCCGCCAGUGCAGCCUUGUCCGUCGGAGGAUAUGUCCCUGUUAUGGACUACCAAUGCAUCGUCGUGUAUACGGUCAUCAACAUCGCUCCGCCGCGGUUCGACCAAAAUGCGGAAUUUUCCGAUGGCUGUAUCACGUGGCUUAAAAACAAAAUCAAAAGAACGGUAGCAGUCUAUCUCCAAUCUUUGAAGCUAACUCCCAACAAUGGCUUAAUUCACGGCAACCUUGCAUGCUCGUACUACAAACAAGGCUUAAUAGAUCUCGCAAUAGACACAUAUAAGCGCGCCAUAGAACUUCAGCCUAACUUUCCAGAUGCCUACUGUAAUCUAGCUAAUGCUCUCAAAGAGAAAGGGCAUGUCUUCGAGGCAGAAGAGUGCUAUAACGUGGCUUUACGUUUAUGUCCCUCUCAUGUUGACACUCUAAACAAUCUCGGCAAUGUUAAGAGGGAGCAAGGAAGAAUUGAAGAGGCAACUAAGUUAUACUUAAGAGCUUUGGAAGUGUUUCCAAAUUUUGCGGCCACUCAUAGCAAUUUGGCGUCCCUCUUACAGCAACAAGGGAGGUUGAAAGAGGCAUUAGCGCACUAUAAACAAGCUAUAAAUAUACAGCCAAAAUUUGCCGAUGCUUACAGUAACAUGGGUAACACAUUAAGAGAAAUGCAAGAUAUAAAUGGCGCUCUUGCUUGUUUCAGAAAAGCUAUCGAUAUCAAUCCUACUUUUGCUGAUGCGCAUUGCAACUUGGCGAGUAUUUACAAAGAUUUGGGUAUUAUUAAUAAUGCAAUUGAAUCAUAUGAGAAUGCCUUGAAACUUAAACCGAACUUUCCUGAUGCUUAUUGCAAUUUAGCACAUUGUUUGCAAAUCAUUUGCAAUUGGGAUGGCUAUAAUGAACGAAUGCAGAACAUUUUAGCGAUAGUUGAAGAUCAAUUAAGUAAUGAAAAAUUACUUUCUGUACACCCACAUCAUUCCAUUUUAUACCCUUUGUCGAACGAAACCCGGAAAGAAAUCGCUGCCCGACAUGCUACCUUGUAUGUUGACAAAGUAAACAUGUUAGAAAAAAUUAAAUUUAACUUCCCAACAACAUUGCAUGGGAGGUUGAAAAUCGGUUAUGUGAGUAGUGAUUUUGGUAAUCACCCUACGUCACAUCUCAUGCAAUCGAUACCAGGACUGCACGACUCCACACGGGUCGAAAUAUUUUGUUAUGCUUUAAAUCCAGAUGAUGGAACCACAUUCCGUAGUAAGAUUAAGGAAGAAUCUGAACAUUUUGUUGAUUUAUCUUCGGUCACAUGUAAUGUUAUAGCGGCUAAGAAAAUAUAUGAGGAUGGGAUUCAUAUAUUGGUCAACAUGAACGGAUAUACUAAGGGAGCGAGGAAUGAAAUAUUUGCAUUGAGACCAGCACCUGUUCAAGUGAUGUGGCUGGGAUACCCCGGUACCAGUGGAGCGGAUUACAUGGAUUACAUAAUUACUGACGAAACAUCAUCUCCAAUAUCAUCAGCCGAAUAUUUUAGUGAAAAAUUAGCUUUUAUGUCACAAACUUAUUUUAUCGGAGACCAUAUGCAAAUGUUUCCUCAUUUAAAAAAUCAAUUCAAAGUUAAGGGUGACGAUGAAAGAUAUGAAGGUACCGUUGCAAUAAUCAAUUCGCCCGAAAACUUAAUGGAACCACUUCUAGUAAAGGAAGAGAACGAAGUUGUUCAGUUUGAGAAAUAUUCACCCAUUCAAGUGCAUACGAGAGAAGUAUACAUUCCAAAUAAGGUUAUUGAAGUUUUAAAUACUUCUCAUCAAUCGAAGGUAUUCAUCAACGAUAUGGCAAUAUACAGUGGAGUUUCGAUAAAUAAUAACAACAAAAAAGUUGCAUCUGGUGAAGAUAUCCUACAAAAUGUCAUAUUUACAUCGAGGAUGCAGUACAGUCUUCCAGAAGAUGCAAUUGUGUAUUGUAACUUUAAUCAAUUGUAUAAGGUCGAUCCAGGGGUUAUGAGCAUGUGGGUACAAAUAUUAAAGGAAGUACCAAAAAGUGUUCUUUGGCUUUUAAGUUUUCCUGCUGCCGGGGAACCAAAUAUACGAAAAGCUGCAGAAGAUUUAGGUUUAGAGCCAGGCAGAAUUAUUUUUACUAAAAUCGCAUGUAAAGAGGAGCACGUGCGCCGCGGGCAGGUGGCGGAUAUUUGUCUGGAUACGCCUCUGUGCAACGGGCAUACCACGGCCAUGGACGUGCUGUGGGCUGGCACUCCGCUAGUCACUAUGCCCGGAGAUACCCUAGCGUCAAGAGUGGCUGCAUCGCAAUUGAAAACAUUAAACUGCCCAGAACUGAUUGCAACCAGCAAGAUGGAUUACGUUAACAUUGCAGUAAAAUUAGGAUUAAAUAACCAAUACCGACGAUACGUCCGCGCGAAAGUCUCAGAGUCUCGCUUCAGCAGUACUUUAUUCGACUGUAAGCAUUACGCGCGCGGAUUGGAGUCUUUAUAUGAUAAAAUGUGGAAGCAAUAUCAGAAUGGCGAGGAACCAAUCCAUAUGAAAGCGUUUACAUAAAUCAUUUUUCGAGUGCUACGAGCUUUCGGGAAUACGGUAAUUCAAUAUAUCUUAAAAAUUGGGCAGUAAAUUGUGCCCUUGCUAUGUAACUUCUUUUUUAAUAACAAAAAGGUAUUUUCACCACACCAGCUGGUAAAGGCUCUCUUGAUUGUUCGAAACGAAUGAGGAAGUUGCGUUUUAUCCACAUGUGUGGCAAAGUAAUCGAAUGCAAAUUUUGAGAUGUUGAAUUUGAAAUGAUAAAUAGUAUUAAAUGAACGUUUCAUUUAAAAAAGAUCAUUUUUUUGUUUAUUUUGAAUAUAUUUAACAGUAGCUAAAUAUUUUCCUCGCGUUGGUGUGGUGUAAUAUUUUGUGUGUUCAGUCGGUGACAAAAUUUGUUUAACCCUCGUGCCUAGAAACCCUCGCAACGCUCAUUAUUCCACUUUUCGAACCACUAGCUUCACUCGUGGUUCAAUUUUGGAAUCUUUCGCUUACUCGGGUAUCAAUAUUAGCACGAGCGGUUAAACAACAACUUUGCCCCCUUGUAAAACAAAUAACUAUUAAGUCAUGUAAUUGUUCAGUAAUUUUCUAGCCUGUCAUGUGAUCUUAAAUUUAAAAUCGGUAUAUUUAUGUAAGAAAGAUAAUUUAAAUUGGUCUAGAAUUUUGUCAGAUUCAAAUUGUAAU